UGAUAUUGAUGCGCUAUCAAUUAUCAGUCGGAUUUGUUCAUCAGUGGUAAUAAUUGUGUUCUCAAACAAAAACGAGAUACUAUUUGAUUUAAAAAAGAAAAAUGGCUGCACUUAGACAGUUACCCUAUAAAGGAUUGCAAUUAGCGCACUUAUGCAGUUCUUCUGGAUCCACGGCUUUAUCCCGGAAUAUAUCAACCAACUCAAAGCCUAUACUAUAUUCUUUCUGGGCAAGCUCAUGCUCUUGGAGAGUUCGCAUAGCAUUGGCAAUCAAGGGAAUAGAUUACGAAGUUAAACCUACAUCUCUGGUAAAAACAGACAACAAACAUGUCUACACAGAUGAAUUUAGAAAAGUGAACCCCAUGCAAAAGGUUCCAGCUUUGGAGAUUGAUGGACAUACGCUGUGCGACUCUGUGGCCAUAAUGCAUUACCUGGAUGAGACGCGUCCUGAGGUGCCACUUCUGCCCCAGGAUUCGGUGAAGAGAGCUAAGGUUCGGGAAAUCGUAGAGCUUAUAUGCUCGGGCAUUCAGCCUCUGCAAAAUAUUGCAGUUCAGAAUCAUUUGGGCAAGGAUGAGGGCUUGAAAUGGGCUCAGCACUGGAUCUCCUAUGGCUUUCGUGGCCUGGAAACUGUGCUUUCUCAAUCAGCAGGAAAAUUCAGUGUGGGAAAUGAGCUUACAAUGGCUGAUCUUUGUCUUGUGCCUCAGGUUCGCAAUGCUAGAAGAUACAAAGUUGACUUGAGUCCAUAUCCCACUACAGUUCGCUUGUAUCAAGAACUGCAACUACUGGAUGCCUUUAAAAGCACUCAUCCCAGCACUCAGCCAGACUGUCCAGCAGAAUUUUUAAAGAAAUAAGAAAUAUAGAAGACUAAUGUAAAAGACAUUCCUUACUUUUUUGAUAUUAAACAACCUUAAAAACCCUC